AUGUACACCACCCGAACAGCCACUGCUUGCACCAGGACGAGUGGGCGGGCUGCCGCCCAGGCCCUCAAGGCUCUCAAUGGCCUGCCACACCAGGCAAUCGUUGUGAGCCUCAGGCCCGGCUUCAUUUCUAUCCAACACCAGCCAUGGUCGGUCUCGAAGAGGAACUUCUCUUCAACCCCUGCCACCCAGAUCAAGGAGUUCUUCCCCGUGAAGGAAACGGAAAACAUCCGCAAGACACCUGCCUCGUGGGAACACCCAGUCUACACGUACGAACAGAUGAACGCCGUCAAGAUUGCCCAUCGCGAGGCCGAGACGUGGUCGGACUGGACUGCUCUGGCGAUGACGAGAGUGCUCCGCUGGGGCUUGGAUCUAGCAUCCGGCUACCGCAAGGCCAAGCCUGGAGAGACGACGAUGACGGAGCGCAAGUACAUGAUCCGCAACGUCUUCCUCGAGAGCGUGGCCGGCGUGCCCGGCAUGGUGGCGGCCGUCAUCCGCCACCUGCACUCGAUGCGGCGCAUGAAGCGCGACAACGGCUGGAUCGAGACGCUCCUCGAGGAGUCGUACAACGAGCGCAUGCACCUGCUCACCUUCCUCAAGAUGGCCGAGCCCGGCUGGUUCAUGCGCCUGAUGGUGCUCGGCGCGCAGGGCGUCUUCUUCAACGCCAUGUUCAUCUCCUACCUCGUCUCGCCACGCAUCUGCCACCGCUUCGUCGGCUACCUCGAGGAAGAGGCCGUCAUGACGUACACGCGCGAGAUCGAGGACCUCAACGCCGGAAAGCUGCCCAUGUGGGAGAAGAUGCAGGCCCCCGAUAUCGCCAUCGACUACUGGAAGAUGCCUGAGGACCGUCGGACUAUGCGCGACCUGCUCCUGUAUAUCCGCGCUGAUGAGUCGAAGCACCGCGAGGUCAACCAUACCCUCGGCAACCUGGACCAGAAGCAGGACCCGAACCCCUACGCUAGCCAGUACAAGGACUUGACCAGGCCGCACCCGACCAAGGGCAUUGAGUGGCAGCGCCCUACCGGUUGGGAGCGCAGCGAGGUUGUUUGA